AAUUAAACAGUUUCAGUACACAGUGACAACUGUUUUUUAUGAUCCAUCUGCAUGACUCAGUUUUCAUCAAGAUUGGAGUUGCAUUGUGUGCAUCUUUUUGAGCUCUGAAACUACAGUGGACUAUGUGGGAUAAAUAGAUGAAGAUCAGCUCAUUGGGUUUGUUAUUCAAGUGAGCUUCCAAGAUGCAUACAGUCUCUGUUUUGAACAUAACACCAAGGACUUUAGAAACAGUCACCAAUGAAAACCUCAAGAUUUUAUCUGCAAUAGAUCAAGGUGAUGUGUUUGCACUGAGAAAACUGCAGAAGUACAGGGAUGCCUUUAAAGAAAGAGACAGCAGGGGUUGGCUUCCGAUGCACAGAGCGUCUAUCCAGCCUGAUGUCUGUGUAUUGGAUUACGUCCUCCUGGCAUCUCAUGAGAUGAGCAUGGAGGAGAUGACGGUUGAUGGAGACACUGCUCUGACACUGGCUUGUCAAGCAGGGCAUGUGGAGGGCGUAAAAGUUCUUCUCCAUCACGGAGCAUCUCCACACAACAUGAAUAGCAGGAAUGAGACUCCACUACUCCUGGCUGUAAGGGUAAACUCUUAUGAAAUGGUAUAUGCACUGAUAAUGGGAGGCGCCUUCGUGAGGCAGCUGUGUUUGAAGAAGUGGACGGCCACCCAUGAGGCUGCUAAGGUGGGUUGCGCGGACAUCCUGAUGCUGUUGCUGAGACACGGGGGGAAGGUGAUGGGACGGGACGGCCAUGGGGUCACACCGAUGGGCAUUGCUGCAGAGUACGGCCAUCCGGAAAUACUGGAAAUCCUUAUCCAACAUGGGGGCGACGUCACAGCACAAGCUACCAAUGGAGACAGUGUGUUAUAUGACGCUGCAGGCUGUGGGAACCUGGACUGUAUUGAUCUACUCCUACAACAUGGGGCCAAUCCUAAUGUAGCCAGUCUUUGCUCUCAACUGCCGAUUCACCGUGCAGCCUACGAGGGGCACUACCUGGCUCUGAAGAAGUUAAUUUACGUCACCAAUAAGAAGGCCAUCCGUCUGUGUGGGAUGAGUCCAGUUCAUUCUGCGGCAGACGGAGGCCAUGGUGAAUGUCUUGAGCUGCUCAUCCAGAAUGGUUUUGACGUCAACCCAAUCCUGGGCAGCCAUAUUUCCGAAAACUACGGUGACAUGAGGAAGACCCCACUGUACUUCGCCAUCUGCAAUGGAGAUGUCACCUGCGCUGAGAUGCUUCUGAAAGCAGGUGCGAUGCCAGACCUGGACCCGCUGCGCUGCCUCCUGGUGGCCGUCAGAGCUGAGAAGUACGAGCUGGUGUCACUUCUUCUCGCCUAUGGGGCGGACGUCAACUGUGUCUUCUCUGUCAUCAGUGACACCGGGUUUCCUACGGCAUUGCAAUACUGCCUCAAAGAUGAAAUGAUGCUGCGUCUGCUCCUUAACAACGGUUACCAUGCAGAAAGCUGCUUUGAGUGUUACCAUGACAACUGGGUAACAUACACAUGGGCAGAGGCUGCUAGCCAGUCGUACCAAAUCAGGAGUGAUUCGAAUAAAGUAACCUUUUGUGAGUUUAUUAGUGUUUCAUGGAUGGUGCAUUUGGCGGGGAGGGUGGUGCAGACACUCCUAGAUUACGUGAAUCGCGUCCACAUCUGCUCUAAACUGCAAUGUCUUCUGGAGAGACAAGAGGAGUGGCCUGAUAUCUGUGAAACCCUCAGGAACCCUCGCUCUCUGAAACACCAGGCCAGGUUGGUUAUCAGGAGAUGUAUGACACUGAGACGACUGAAUAACCCAGAGUACAUGAGCACCGUUCCUUUCCCUCCGGGCCUGAAGAACUUCCUACUCUACAAAGAAUAUGAUAUUUACGGCCGAAUGGAUGAACAGUAGAUAUAUGUAUCUAUACACUGUAAAACCUAACAGUGAAAAUCACUACAUGAGAUGAGGUCAACUCCAAAUUUUUUCAACACAACAAAUAUUUCUGAUGUGAACUCAAAAACUAAUUAUAUAAAGAAGAACUCAAUCUGAAUAAGUUACUAAACAAAUAUUUUAACUCUAAUGAUUAAAGAAAAUCAUUUA